UCCUCCUUUUUGUUUAUGGGUUUGUGAAAAAGAAAAAAAGACGAGGAGUUCAGGUUUUCUAUGGCUUCUCAUAGCUAUCCAAUUCAUGGUUUUAGUGUUCAAGGAAUCACCAAGAAGAGCCGAGCUUAUCUGGUGAAUUCUGGAGUAAGAAGACAAGAGAGCAUAAUACCUGAAAACUCUUUUGACCUGAAGAUACAACACUUGGGGGAGCCGCCGUGUAAAGCUUUUUCUUCUUUGAGAAACUGUAAUCACUUUAUGGAGUCUGACUCCAACAUGUUGAAGCACAGGCUCUUAGAUGUUCAUGAGACAAGACAAGAGGAGGUAGUUGAGUUCCUUUUAUCUACUACAGAAGACGAACUCAAAGAAAGAGGUGCUAAAAUGUCUCUGUUAUCUAACUUGAAUCAAGAACAGAUGAAGCCUCUUCUGGAUGUCAUGAUUCAUAAUCAAGAAUUCUCCAUUAACCCAGAUGCUCAAAUCCUCUUCUCAAGUAGCAGAUCUGAGUUGAACGAUAUGGUCUCCAUUGCAGCCAAGUUGAAUAAGUCAGAUAGAUGGAGAAAGCUCUCACUGCUUGUACCUCAAUCUCAGAGGUAA